GAAUUGCGCUUUGCAAUUGGUGGAGAAUCUUCCCAUGUGAUUUUUUUCAGUCUUUGGGUGCUUCAGAGUAAAUGGCUCCUCCUGCAAGGCUAAGACUGGGUUGAGCGGAGUGUAACGGGGUAGUGUUAGGAAAAACACUUUGAUUAAAUCUUCCUCAAAUUUAGAACGGGGUGUUUCAGGGCAAUGUUAUACCUUUUCUAAUAUUCACUUAAAAAAUUGAACUCGAUCUUAAUCAUUGGGAAGGGUUCUAUUUUCUUUCAAAUUCUAAAAACCUCAAAUGAACUCCGUCAGAGCUACCAACCGAAGACCCAGGCGAGUGUCGAGGCCGCGCCCGGUGCAGCCGGAAAGGAACAACCAGGAAAGAGAUGAAGAGGUUCCUGCAGACAUGGUGGCAGAAGAAUCUGGGAAUCCCGGAGCUCAAAAUAGUCCGUACCAGCUACGAAGGAAGUCCCUGCUACCGAAGAGAACAGCCUGUCCCACGAGCAAGACGAGCAUGGAGGGGGCCUCGACUUCAACUACAGAGAACUUUGGCCACAGAGCCAAGCGUGCGAGAGUGUCUGGGAAAUCACAAGACCUUCCAGCUGCACCAGCAGAGCAGUACCUCCAGGUGAGACUACCUGACGAGGUGGUCCUGAAGAUCUUCUCGUACCUGCUGGAGCAGGACCUGUGUCGGGCGGCCUGCGUCUGCAAGCGCUUCACUGAGCUGGCCAACGACCCCAUCCUAUGGAAGAGGCUUUACAUGGACGUGUUCGAGUACACACGCCCCAUGAUGCACCCAGAGUCCGGAAAAUUCUACCAGAUCAACCCUGACGAGUACGAGCAGCCCAACCCCUGGAAGGAGAGCUUUCAGCAGCUGUACAAAGGCGCUCACGUCAAGCCAGGCUUCGCUGAACACUUCUACAGCAACCCAGCACGAUACAAAGGCAGAGAGAACAUGCUGUAUUACGACACCAUCGAGGAUGCCCUGGGAGGGGUGCAGGAGGCCCACUUUGAUGGCCUGAUAUUCGUCCACUCGGGGAUCUACACGGACGAGUGGAUUUAUAUCGAGUCACCGAUCACGAUGAUCGGAGCCGCUCCUGGCAAAGUAGCUGAUAAAGUCAUCAUUGAAAACACGAGAGACUCCACAUUUGUGUUCAUGGAAGGAUCUGAGGACGCGUACGUGGGCUAUAUGACCAUAAAGUUUAACCCCGAUGACAAGUCAGCCCAGCACCACAACGCCCACCACUGCCUGGAGAUCACCGUCAACUGCAGCCCCAUCAUCGACCACUGUAUCAUCCGCAGCACCUGCACCGUGGGCUCAGCCGUCUGCGUAAGCGGACAGGGCGCCUGUCCAACCAUCAAACACUGCAACAUCAGCGACUGUGAGAACGUGGGACUGUACAUCACAGACCACGCACAGGGUAUAUAUGAAGACAAUGAGAUUUCCAACAAUGCUUUAGCUGGGAUCUGGGUGAAAAACCACGGCAACCCCAUCAUUAGACGGAACCACAUCCACCACGGCAGAGAUGUGGGCGUGUUCACCUUUGACCACGGCAUGGGCUACUUUGAGAGCUGCAACAUCCACCGGAACCGGAUCGCGGGCUUCGAGGUGAAGGCCUACGCCAACCCCACAGUGGUGCGCUGCGAGAUCCACCACGGGCAGACGGGCGGCAUCUACGUGCACGAGAAGGGCCGAGGCCAGUUCAUCGAGAACAAGAUCUAUGCAAACAACUUUGCUGGGGUCUGGAUCACCUCCAACAGCGACCCAACCAUCAGGGGCAACGCCAUCUUCAACGGGAACCAAGGCGGUGUUUACAUAUUUGGCGAUGGACGGGGUCUUAUAGAAAGCAACGACAUCUAUGGCAAUGCCUUGGCUGGCAUUCAGAUCCGGACAAACAGCUGCCCCAUCGUUCGGCACAACAAGAUCCACGAUGGACAGCACGGAGGCAUCUACGUGCAUGAGAAGGGCCAGGGCGUGAUCGAGGAGAACGAGGUGUACAGUAACACGCUAGCCGGCGUGUGGGUGACCACGGGGAGCACCCCAGUCCUGAGGAGGAACCGCAUCCACAGCGGGAAACAGGUCGGUGUGUACUUCUAUGACAAUGGCCAUGGUGUCUUGGAGGACAAUGACAUCUACAAUCACAUGUAUUCUGGUGUCCAGAUCAGAACCGGCAGUAACCCCAAGAUCAGACGGAACAAGAUCUGGGGAGGGCAGAACGGCGGCAUUCUUGUUUACAACUCUGGUCUGGGCUUCAUUGAAGACAAUGAGAUCUUUGACAAUGCCAUGGCCGGCGUGUGGAUCAAAACGGACAGCAACCCAACGCUACGUAGGAAUAAGAUCCACGACGGGAGGGACGGUGGCAUCUGCAUAUUCAACGGAGGAAGAGGUUUGCUCGAGGAGAACGAUAUCUUCAGAAACGCUCAGGCCGGAGUCCUCAUUAGUACCAACAGUCAUCCCGUAUUACGGAAAAAUCGGAUAUUUGACGGCUUCGCCGCAGGCAUCGAGAUCACAAACCAUGCCACGGCGACAUUAGAGGGCAAUCAGAUUUUCAAUAACCGCUUCGGAGGAUUGUUUCUAGCAUCUGGUGUCAACGUUACUAUGAAAGAUAAUAAAAUCAUGAACAAUCAAGAUGCUAUCGAGAAGGCUGUCAGCAGAGGUCAGUGCCUGUACAAGAUUUCCAGUUACACCAGCUAUCCAAUGCACGAUUUUUACAGGUGUCACACCUGUAACACAACAGACCGCAACGCCAUCUGCGUGAACUGCAUCAAGAAGUGCCAUCAAGGACACGAUGUGGAGUUUAUUAGGCAUGAUAGGUUUUUCUGUGACUGUGGCGCGGGGACGUUGUCAAACCCGUGCACGCUGGCCGGAGAGCCCACACACGACACGGACACACUCUAUGACUCGGCGCCCCCUAUAGAGUCCAACACCCUGCAGCACAACUGAGCCCCCCCCCACCCCGCCCCCCCCGAGGCCUUGGC